CCGAAAAUGUGUGUUUUUUCAUGGUGGAUGAACGGUCACACUGCAAGGCUGCACUAGAUGUAAAUAUUCGCACACAAUUUCAAUUCCAUUUCAAGAACAUGGCUCAAGGAAAACAGCCUGUCGCUGCAGAAUUGCCAUGCAACGCCUAUUUAGACACAAGCCUCCAGAAAGACGAAAAUAUGCAACACAUCCUGAAAUCGUUCUACAGUAGCAUAGAAGUUCUGGAAGCCGACAUGGAGAAGGCACUUGCGCUACAGGCAGAACGCACAUUGACCAUAAAUGAACAAAUUAAAUUGGAUAGUUACCUGGUGUAUUUAAACAGCACGUUGUAUUGGAUAUACCUGAAACUGCAAGGUCUAGACGUCUCGAAGCAUGGUGUGAUGCACGAUUUGGGUCGUACGAAGGAAUUACUUGCCCGCGAUAAGGAAAUAAACGAUGCUCUGGCGGCGCCAAGAUUGGAUAUGCAGGCUGCCAAGCGAUUUAUCGCAGCAGGAACCCACACUCGAUUUGUGGAUAUGGACGGCGUUAUGGUCACCGAGGAACAAUAUAAUAAGAGCAUACAGGAAACUACCAAAUAACGAAAAUCAAAUUAAAUUGAUAGUAUAGCGGCCUAUUCCCUAAAAAAUUCUAGAUAAUAAAACAAUGCCAAUCAAUAGAA